AUGGCGACCAUGUCUGCUCUUCAGAGCUCUUUUACUUCUCUUUCCCUCUCCUCCAACUCCUCCUUCCUCGGCCAGCGUCUCCUCUCCCCGAUUUCCCUCUCCGCCGCUUCUCCGGUCAAGCCUGCAGAGAACCCAUGUCUUGUUCAAGCAAAGCUGAAGCGUUGGGAGCGAAAAGAAUGCAAACCAAACAGUCUUCCAGUGCUGCACAAGAUGCAUGUCAAGUUUGGAGAUACAGUCAAAGUGAUAUCUGGACGAGACAAGGGCAAGAUUGGAGAAGUCACCAAGAUCUUCACCCACAACAGUACCAUAGUGAUCAAAGACGUGAACCUCAAGACUAAACACAUGAAGAGCCGAGAAGAAGGAGAGCCUGGCCAAAUUGUUAAGAUCGAAGCACCGAUCCACAGCUCAAACGUGAUGCUGUAUUCAAAAGACAAGGAUGUGAUAAGCCGGGUGGGUCAUAAGGUCCUUGAGGAUGGACAGAAGGUGAGAUACCUGAUCAAAACAGGGGAGAUCAUCGAUACCGUUGAGAAAUGGAAGCAACUUAAGGAGGCCAAAGAUAAAGAAACAACCCAAGUUGCAGUAACCUCCUCAUCUUAG